AUGGCUACAACAAGGCCGAGCAGGCCAAAACCUCUGGACUGGCCGGGUCCUUCGCAUCAGGAUGUCUUUAUUCGCAAUUUGAAGCUGUUGCAGUUGGAUCAGCGCGAGGACUGGCCCAAUAUCUCUAUCCGCGCGCUGUCGGCGUCAUCGCAGAACCAACGGCAACGGGUCCGCUUGGUAGAAUGGGCCUUAUACUACCUCUUCGCCAUCUGGGAUCCAGAGGGGACUCAAAAUAAAUUGCGCCCCUUCUUUCCUCCGCUCGAAGCUUUACAGUCUGUCAACCUUCGCGCGGCCUUCUUCCGAAGCUUGGGUGAAUUGAAGAAAAAUGGGGAUCUGGGACGUGAGAUCAUCUUGCGCAAAACUAUGCUAGAUGACUGCAAAGGAGAGAAAUUUGAUGAGCUGCUCGCGGGCUUCUCUACAACCGUUCUCCGCAAAUGCGUCGCUGCCUCCGCAGAUGAGAUGACCUGGAGCUCCGCCAUGAAAUUGUCGACCGCUACAGCAAUGACGCCAACGAAUUACCAGAAUCUAUUGCCGCUCAUUCUUGCCCAUCAGGCUUCUUUAGGUGCCGGAGAAGAACGGCGUGCUCGGGUCCAAGAUGCUUAUGAUCAAUUCUCGGAGCUAUUGGACAACAAGAAGGUUGAGCUUGCUGAACGCGCCAACAGAGAACAGCAGAGCAAAGGAAACUUGCAAACUGACCCUGAGACCUUGGCGCGCAAACUACACGCAAAUUGGCUGGGCAGUGAGGAAUGGGCCACUGCUCUGCUGAAAGGCGGAUCGCAAAGCAGCUCCGAUGCCUUCCUGGAGCUUCCUUUCCCAGAAGCUUUGUCGCGGGCAACUGGUCCAGCUGCGAACGGUCUCGGGAGUCAUUUAAAUCAUGACCUGAUGGUUGAUCUCAAUUCCCGUGUAUUGAUGCAACGAAGUCGACUGCGCAGGUGGCAUGAUUACAACAACUGUCUUUCGAAAGAAAGAGGAACUGAUACCAACGCAGCGAGUAAAGCCUCCUCUAAAGAGAACCGGCUCUUGUUCCGCGACCACCAGUCUCUCACCGUUGCCAGCAUAUCCAAAUCCGUACGCCAGCCCGGGGAUAGGGAGCGAGCCCUGAAAGGAGCAGACCAAUCUCUGCUUUUAUCUGUAAAUGAAGCUCUCGCUCGCAUCAAUGGCCAAUCUCGUCCCAAGCGUGAAGUUCCUACAUUCGAAGUAGAACGGAGUUACGAGCGCAAAUUGGAAGCUUCAUCAGAUGACCCAGAAUCGCCGAUAUUGGCAUAUGGCAGCUCUUCUAGUCCUCCAGCAGACCUGGCUACCUCGGAGAAAUCAUAUACACCUCCAGAGCCUGAAGCCGAACACGAAACAAGACCAGAAUCAAGCCAACCAACUCCAACCGUCCGCCUCUCGCCAGAUAUCCCCUCCUCGCCAGAGCACGAGCCAGACCCGGAGCCCAUUAAACGCCCCCACACAUUAGUCGAGCGCACGCGCAAAUCAAUGUCUCUUCUACCACCAGGCCACGAACCACAAGUUCGACCUCGGCAGCGCCGCGGACCUCGCCCUUCCUACCCAGUCAACCAAUUUGUUACUCCGCGAAAGGCAUCGACUCGUUCAAUUGACGAGCUUUCUCGCGCUUCCACGCCGCAGGAUCAGCUCUUCGAGGAGGAUGCCGAGUAUGCCAGUGUGUUCAAGUCACGACCGCGCGUGGCGCUGAGUCCUAUCUCUUCACCGGCUGUUCAUGUCAGCCCCUCUUUUGAGGACGAGAGCUUCGUUCUAGAUGAUGACUAUGAUGACUAUGAUGAGGUUCCGGAGUGGGGAACUAUUGAUUCGCCUUUGGCUGCUGUGCGGUCGAGAGGUUGA